AGAGUUAGCUUGACUUAGUUGACACAAAAUGUCAAAAUCUGAGAAUAAAUAUUCCGUCCUACUGCCCACAUACAACGAAAGGGAGAACCUUCCUAUUAUAACUUGGCUGUUGGUCAAGUAUUUCACAGAAAGCAACUACAAUUUUGAAAUUAUCGUCAUUGAUGACGGAAGUCCUGAUGGGACACUAGAGGUCGCUAAACAACUACAAACUAUUUAUGGGGAGGAUAAAAUUGUUUUGAGACCAAGAGCAAAAAAGUUGGGUCUCGGCACGGCGUAUGUGCACGGUGUGAAACACGCAACGGGAAACUUUGUAAUUAUAAUGGACGCAGAUUUGUCCCAUCAUCCGAAGUUCAUCCCACAAUACAUUAAGAAACAGGAAGAGCUUGAUUGCGACAUAGUGACGGGGACGAGGUACGAGGGGGAGGGGGGGGUUUAUGGGUGGGAUUGGAAACGCAAGCUUGUGAGUCGCACGGCAAACUUUGUCACCCAAGUUCUCCUCCGACCUGGUGUGUCGGACCUGACUGGCUCAUUCAGAUUGUACAGGAAGGACGUGCUUAAGCAGUUGGUUGGUUUGUGUGUUUCCAAGGGCUAUGUUUUCCAGAUGGAAAUGAUGGUUCGGGCAAGACAGCUCAAUCUUUCAAUCGCUGAGGUGGGGGUUAAAUUAUGCCUUGAAUUUAUGAACAGUUCCCAUUUCCUUCGUAGAUCGAUUUUAUGGAGAAUCAAAAUUGGGGGGAAACGAAAUCUUUCGGUUUCUGAGCGGGCUUCUAUAUUUAUUCGCUACAACAUAGCUAUAAUAGUGACUUGCACUUAACUAUUAAUCGCUGUCGCAUCAUAAAUGGCAAUACCUAUUUCGUAUUUUAGGAAUAAUACGUUGGGGUAAGAUGGGACAUGUUUUUGUUCUGUUUUAUCGUCCCAUUUGGUAGUAAACAAAGAAUAUUUACAUAAUAAUAAAACCUCAUUUUUAUAAUUCUUAAAAAAUGUUAUUAAAUGUUAAAAACACGAUUAGAAAAUGUGUGAAUUAUGUGCCAACGGUUUCCAUCUUGCCCCACAAUUCUAUUAUCAAGAUAUAAGUAAAUAUUGUUGUUUACAUAAAACAACUGAUUACCUGCUGUUUUACGUUUCUUAUUCAUAAAAAUGAUAAAAAUAUUUUCGCCCAUAAAUGUAGUAGGGUGGGGGAAAAUGGGACACCUUUAGCACAUAUUCAAAAAUCCUGAUCGUGUUUUGACGACGGUCUAUGGGAGUCCUGAAGAUACGGUUUUAUAAUUCUUUGAAUGUUCUUUGUUUACUAGUAAAUAAAACAAGAAAAUAGGAUAUAAAGCUGUCCCAUCUUCGCCCACCAUACCAUAUGUUGUUAUAUGCCAUAUAGUAUGUAUUGCAUGUGUAUACAGCUGCAACCUUAACACACACAGUGGCAUGCAAUAUGGGAGGUCUUUUAGAAUAUAAAUCUGUUUUUUAUGCGACAAACUUAACAUAAAUUUUAUUUUAUCGAGUAAGCAAACAAAGAUUAAACCAUAUAUUAAAACAA